CAGACAAUGGAAGCCAAACUAAUGUGAAUUGGACAGCAGAAACGUUCAAGAAAAAGAGUGAAACUCCAAAGCACAAAGAAGAAGGGAUGCACGGCAACUAUGCACAUUAAGAAGGUUGAGGUCUUCCCAGACUUUGAAAUUGCAGUGCAAGGAUGUACGAAGAACCGGAUCACCAUGCUGAAGUCUGCUGCAUUGACUAACUUGUCACAACAACUUAAUGGAGACAAUCUACCAAGGUCUGAGAUACUUUACCUCACAAUAACAAAGAUGCCAUGCCACACAGAACAUGACUUUGGCAACUUCAUGAAGUAUGGACAGACAGUGGACCGUAGUAUUAUUGAAAGAAUAAAUGACCUCGUUCAGGAAGGCAUUACGUCUGUGCAUGAAGUGAAGACAUGCCUUCGUUACUAUGUACAGGACGUACUCUUCAAUGGUAAAGAAAAACCUGAUCUAGACUGCAGAGCGUUUUACCCAACAUCUACUGACAUCCGCAACCGUAUCCAGGAAUCUUUGAGGCAAGGACGCUGUAGCAAUCUAGAUCAGGAGAAUGUUGCAAUGCUGGUAUCUGCACUGGAAGGAGAAGAACCAACAUCAAAGGUGCUCUUCCGACCAUAUUGCUACACAAGUGAAGCAAAAACGACAAUCCCCGAGGCUGACGAUGACCAGAUUAAUGUAGAGGAGACCUCGGCAAAACAAUGCGACAGGACCUUGCUGUUCUGCUAUCAGUCUCGCUUCAUGGCACAACUACUAAAGCAGUAUGGCAACAAUGUGACAUGCCUUGAUGCCACAAACAAGACAAUAGAUUACAACUUGCCACUGUUUUUGCUUGUCGUAAAAACACCCACGAUUUACAUGGUGGCAGGUGUUUUUGUGGUGCAGUACGAAACAAGUGCGUGCAUCAGCGAGGAACUCAAGUGUGUUUAUAAGGUGGAAUCCUGAGUACUUGUCUAAGUAUUUCAUGGUGGACUCUUGCCACGCUGAAAUAAGUUCGAUUUCUGAAGUCUUCCCACAGAGUGAACUCAUGCUGUGCAACUUCCACAGUGAACAGGCGUGGGAGAGGUGGGUGAAAAGGAAGGAAAAUGAUGUCCUUCUAGACCAAAAGGAUGCCCUACUUGGUCACUUUCACAAAAUAGCCAAUUCAAGCAGCAGGGAGGAA